GGGGCACAAAUUUGCUUCCACCCCAAAGGGGCAAAAAUCCUAAACAAGGAGGGGUACCCAAUUCAGGUGCUUGUCCUGAAUUUAGAGGAUGAAUAUCUUCUCCACCAAACGCCCUCAGCCCCAAUGACUGACAUUGACCAUUGGCUACAGGAAUUUCCCCAAGCAUGGGCAUAAACUGGGGGAAUUGGGCUGGCCCGGCACCGACCAGCCAUAUACAUAGAACUAAAGCCAGGGGCAGACCCUGUCAGGGUCCGCCAAUACCCCAUGCCUGUCGUAGCAUGUACGGGAAUCACACCCCACAUAUGGCAACUACUGGACUCGGGCAUAUUGAGGCCUUGCCAAUCCGCAUGGAACACUCCCUUGUUGCUGGUACGGAAACCACACUCUAACGAUUAUAAGCCAGUCCAGGACUUAAGGGAAGUCAGCCGGUCAGUAGAGGAUAUGCACCCUACAGUCCCAAACCCAUACACCCUCCUCUCCACCUUGCCUCCAGACAAAAGUUGGUAUACGGUAUUAGAUUUAAAAGAUGCCUUUUUCAGCCUGCCUUUAGCACCCAAGAGCCAAGACCUCUUCGCCUUUGAAUAGACGGACCCUGAGAAAGGCAUCAAUGGCCAGCUCACCUGGACUCGACUACUACAAGGAUUCAAAAAUUCACCGACCAUCUUCGAUGAGGCCUUACACGAAGACUUGGGUGAGUUCUGUUCUGAGCACCCUCAUUUGACCUUAUUGCAAUAUGUAGAUGAUAUCCUGUUGGUGGCGGAGCACCAGGACACAUGCUGGCGAGGCACUAGGGACUUGCUCCAGACAAUAGCGGCUCUAGGAUACUGGGCCUCAACUAAAAAAGGCCAGAUGUGCAGAGCAGAGGUGAGCUAUCUUGGGUACAAAUUAAAGGAUGGACAAAGAUGGUUGACGGAUGCAUGGAAGGAAACCGUCCUAAGGAUCCCACAGCCACAAACCAUCCACCAGGUACGUGAAUUCCUGGGGUCAGCAGGAUUCUGUCAAUUAUGGAUUCUGGGUUUUGCUAAGAUGACCAGACCUCUCUAUGAGGCUACCAGGCACCAGCAAAAUUUUGAAUGGACAGAGGCCAUGAACAGAGCUUUUAACGACCUUAAACAGGCCCUGCUGUCUGCCCCAGCUCUCGGGUUGCCUGGCCUAACCAAGCCCUUCUACCUACAUGUGGAUGAGAAAGACGGGGUGGCGAAAGGAGUCCUUGUCCAGUACUUAGGUCCCUGGAAGAGACCCAUAGCCUAUCUCUCCAAAAAGCUGGACACGGUGGCUGCAGGAUGGCCCCCAUGCCUAAAAAUUAUUGCUGCAGCGGCCACUGUGGUCAAGGACGCAGACAAGCUGGCCAUGGGGCAAAAACUGCAUGUUACAACCCCACAUGCUAUUGAAGGGGUCCUCAAACAGCCCCCAGACCGCUGGAUCAGCAAUGCCCAUCUGACCCAUUAUCAGAGCCUGCUGCUAAAACCCACCAGAAUUUUAUUCAAGCCACCAACAACCCCGAAUCUGGCAACGCUACUCCCUAACCCAGACUGGGACAUCCCUCCGCAUGACUGUCAAGAAAUUUUGGCACAGGUGUACGGAGUCAGAGCUGACCUCCAGGACCAGCCACUGCCGAACACGGACGCCGCCUGGUACACGGACGGCAGCAGUUUUGUCUGAGAAGGAAUCAGAUCCGCGGGGGCAGCCGUAACCGUGGAAAUGGAGACCGUCUGGGCAGAGCCGUUGGCGGCCCGAACCUGGGCUCAACGGGCAGAACCGAUGCCCUGACCAAGGUGCUGACCAUGGGGGAAGGUAAACGAGUAAACAUCUACCCCGACAGCGGUCCGCCCUCGCCACCGCCCACAUGCACGGAGCCCUUUACAGGGACGGAGGGCUCUGACCGCAGAGGGAAGGACUGUUCAAAACAAAACGGAGAUUCUUGAGCUCCUGAGGGCCCUCUGGCUGCCCAAGGCCCUGGCCGUCCUCCGCUGUCCGGGCACCAAAAGGCAGACACGCCAGUAGCGGGGAACCAGCUAGCGGACUCAGAAGCUAAGGAGGCAGCCCUUCUGGUGACCCAGGUCUUAGCAACCACGCUACCUGAUCCGGGGGCACAGACCCUGCCCGACACCCCAACUAUACUGACGCUGACUUACACGCUUGCCUAUGAGCCAGUGCUUGCAUGGCUAGGGGAGGGCCGCAGACUCCAGCAUCAUCCUGCCAGAGGAACUAGGACGGCGAGGCCUAUCCAGAAUGCAUCGGAGCACUCACAUGGGGACGAGGAAGAUGGGAGACCUCAUACGACAUGCAAAGAUCACUAUUAAAGACUCUUGAGCAAAGAUCGAGCAGAUUGUGAUAUUUUUCAGGAUGGACAGAGGCAUUUCCCACCAAACAUGAAACAGCACAGACCGUGACCAAGAAAUCCUGGAAGACAUCUUACUGAGGUAUGGUUUUCCUGUUAAGAUUGGAUCAGACCACCGCCCAGGAUUUGUCUCUAAGGUAACACGGGGAGUGGCACUAGUACUUGGGGCAGAUUGGAAAUGACAUUGUGGGUAUAGGCCCCAAAGCUCAGGACAGGUAGAGAGGAUGAACAGAACAUUAAAGGAGACCUUAACUAAAUUAGUCCUAGAGACUGGAGGGGAUUGGGUGACUCUCUUCCCCCUUGCCCUAUAUAGGGUGAGGAACUCCCCACAUAAGAUGGGACUGACACCCUAUAAGAUCAUGUUCGGUAUUCCUCCACCUAUUAUCCCCAGUUUAAAACCUAAGGUGCUUGCUGAGUUAGAUGAUCACCAACUCCUUUUCUCCCUCCAAAUGUUACAAUGAACCCAUGAGCAGAUGUGGCCUAAGCUGAGGGCCCUCUACGAGACUGGGCCACCCCCAGACCCCCAUCAAUAUCAGCCGGGUGACUGGGUGUACAUGCGGAGAUACCAACACCAGACACUUCAACCUCGCUGGAAGGGACCCUACAUCGUGACCCUGACCACUCCCACCGCUCUCAAGGUCGAUGGGAUUACUCCCUGGAUCCACUACACAAUGUCCGGCCAGCUGACCCUCAUGCCGUUCUCAAGGACUUUGUUCCAGAACUCCCCAGUCUGAGGUUGUCCUUCAAAACAGAAGGGGAUUAGUGUUGUGCCCAAGAUUGCGAAUCCAAGAACCCACCAAGGAGCCAACACCGAUGCAAGUG